AGUCUGGUAACGAUGUAAUCUUUUCUGUUCAAGCGCACCACUUGGUGAGAAAGUUUCGCUGGGACGUAUAUUAUUAAACAAUGAGUGAACUUACUCCUUCUGUUAUAAAAAAACUGAAAGUUGCAGAAUUAAAAUCUGAGUUAGCUAAAAGAAAUCUAAGUUCAAAGGGUAAAAAAGAAGAGUUAGCUUUACGAUUAAUAGACUUUAUUAACAAUGGCUCAGAGAGCAAAUUACAAAGUGAAGAUAAUGAAAAUGAAGAUAUAGAUUCCUCGAAUGCUAAUCUCGAAUCUUCUGAAGAUUCAAGUCAGAAUACUUUAAAUGAUUCUCAGCAAGAGUUUUUGAAUGAUGAUAUCGCAGAAGAAAACCAAUUCCAGAAAAUGGAUGAUUCAACAGUUGCUUCUGAAUCAGAAAAAAAUCAUUCUCAUACAACGGAAACAUCGAAUAAUGAAGCAGAAUCGAUGGAUACCAAUGAAACAAAAAGUGAUGCUAUAAAUCUUGAACCCAGUGAAGAAAAAGUUGAAACUGUAGAUAAUCAAAAAGAAAAAGAUGAGGAUUGGGUGAUGGUAGAGCCACCAUCAAUUGAGGAAGUUAAAGAAGCAGAGAGUUCUGUCGGUGAAGUUAAACUUAAUGAUAAAAGUUCUCAUGAAAAUUUAAAAGAAGAACAAAAGCAAGAAAUUAAGUUACAGGAUAAGUUAGUUGAAGUUGAGGAAGAGAGCGAUGCCUUUCAAGAAGUUUAUCAUCCACCUGAAGAUAUAGUUGCAUUAGAUGGGUAUACUAAUGAUUUGCAUUUUGUUAUAAGUGGUAAUGGAUUAUUUGGCCAUACAUUAGUUAAAAAUGGCUUUAGUUAUUUGUGGGCUGGAGCUCGAGCUAAUAAAGGUGCCAAGUCUGGAAAAGUCGGAUAUGAAGUUAAGAUUCUAGCUACCCAACCUGUUGAUUUACCUGCUAAUGAAUCUCCUAUUCAUGCUGUUAGAAUUGGUUGGUCCUCAGAACAAUCAUCACUACAGUUAGGUGAGUCUACUCACUCUUAUGGCUUUGAAAGUACUGGAAAAGUUUGUGCUUCGUCUAAAUUCUUUAAUUAUGGCGAAAGUUAUGGAGAAGGUGAUGUUAUUGGAACAUACUUAGACUUGGAAAGUGAGCCUAAAACUCUGAAAUAUACCAAAAAUGGAAAAGAUUUAGGUGUUGCUGUGUCUUUGACUAAAAAGGAAGAAAAACCAUUAUUUCCUCAAUUGUUUUUAAGAAAUAUGAAGGUUGAAAUUAAUUUUGGAUCAAAAGAGGAAUCUUGGUUUGGGCCACUUGAUGGAUACAAAUUUAUUCAAAAUGUUCCUAAAGAUAAUUUAGUGUCAUUAACUUAUAAGUAUCCUGAGACACGUGAAUCUUGUGAGGUCAUUAUGAUGGUUGGUUUACCUAAUGCUGGUAAAUCAAACUGGGUCAGAAAGUAUAGGGAUUCUCAUCCUGAAAAGCUUUAUAAUGUCAUUGGUGUCACCCAUAUUCUUGAGAGAUGUUUGCUCUCUGGAAAUCCAAGAAAAAAAACAGACGAGGGACAUGAAGCAUUCAUGAAAAAUGUUAUUCGUGUUCUAGCCAUGCUCUAUAAGAUAUGUCCAAAGACUAAAAGAAACUAUAUAUAUGAUCAGAACAAUGUUUACAAAAUUGCUCAAAUUACUAAAAUGGAAGCAUUUACUGGAUUUAAACGCAAAGCAGUUGUUGUUGUCCCAACUCAUGAUAAUUUACGCAAAAGAACGUCAGAUUCUAAAAGAAAAGCAGAUGGGUAUCUUCAUGAUGUUCCUUUUGGUGAUCUCUGUGACAUGAAGUGUAAUUUUCACAUACCGGAAGUUGGAGAAAUAUUUAGUGAAGUCGUUUAUCCUGAACUUGAUGAAAGAAAUGCAACGAAAACUGUUAGUGAUUAUAAAAGCGACGGCGAAAGAGCCAAGCGUACUGGUCGCGAUGAAAAUUACCAGCGAAAACGCUCAAGAAAUGACGAUAGAAACUAUGGUAGAGACAGGUUUAAUAACCGAAGCAGGGAUCGUAGAGACGAUGGUUGGAAAAAAAGCGGCAGUGGUUACGGUGUUUAUAGCAACAGUCCUGGUGCCAAAGGCAACCAAGCAAGUGGCUUCAAUAAAAAUGUAAGUAAUCAAGGUGGCGGUUUUAAGCGUGGCCGUGAUAGUCAAGAUCGUCGCCAUGGUGGAAUUGCAAGCGGCGGUGGUGGUGGUUACAGGCAAAAUUCUUCUUAUGGUAGCAGUUAUGGAAAGAGUGGUGGUGGGUCAUAUAGGGGUAGUUCUGGUAACUAUGGCUCCUCUGGAGGUGGAGGCUAUGGAUCAAAUUACGGUUCAUACGGAAACUCGUAUUCUUCAGGGGGUUACGGAAGCGGAGGAAGUUAUGGCGGCUAUGGAAGUUCUUACAAUCAAACAAGUAGUCGAACAGGUUCAGGACAAGGAGGGUGGAGUCAAUCAGGCGGAAGUUACAACCUUCAGCCAUCCACAAAUCAGUGGGGUUCGUCUUCGGGUCAAUGGGGAGGCGGUUAUAACUCGAACAAUAGCUAUAGUAGCAGUAAUUACAAUAAUGGAAAUAGCUAUGGGGGAUGGUAAAUUUGACUAUUGACAUUAUGUUUAGGUGGCCUACGACUCGAAAACCUUUUUUGCUUCUAGAGAAAAAUAAAUUGAACGUUAUGUACAUAUUUAUGCAGCUGUCGAAUAAAAGUGUAAAAGAGUUUUUUUUAUUAAUGUGUAAUGAAUAUCCGUCAACUUUUAUUCUAAAUAAAAGAUUCUGCUUUGGAAAUGUA